GGGAAGCGUAGAGGAAACAGUUGAAUAAACAGGGAGGGAGGGAGAGAGAGAGAGAGAAUGGAGGUGAGAGCUCGAGCUCCCGGGAAAAUAAUUCUGGCCGGAGAGCACGCCGUCGUUCACGGAUCUACGGCGGUGGCGGCCUCCAUCGAUCUCUACACUUACGUCUCUCUCAGCUUUCCCACUCAUUCCGAUAAUGACGAUAAACUUAAGCUCCAUUUCAAGGAUAUGGACUUAGAGUUUUCUUGGCCAGUUGGAAGAAUUAAAGCAGCACUGUCCAAAAUUGGUAGUAACGAUUCAUCAUCACCCAAAUCAUGCUCAUCAGAGACUAUUAAAUUAAUUGCAACUCUAGUUAAAGAACAUAAUAUUCCGGAGGCAAACAUUACGCUUGCUGCUGGAGUGUCUGCAUUUCUCUGGCUAUACACCUCCAUCCAAGGUUAUAAACCCGCAAAGGUGGUUGUCACUUCGGAGCUCCCACUUAGCUCAGGUUUGGGUUCAUCUUCUGCAUUGUGUGUGUCACUCUGUGCUGCCCUGCUUGCUUUGUCAGAUUCUGUGAAUCUAGAUUGCAGCCAUCAGGGUUGGCUGAUGUUUGGAGAGAAUGAACUGGACUUGGUGAACAAAUGGGCUUUUGAAGGUGAAAAGAUAAUCCAUGGGAAGCCAUCUGGUAUUGACAACACAGUAAGCACAUACGGCAACAUGAUCAAGUUUAGGUCAGGGGAGUUGACACGUCUCAGGUCCAAUAUGCCACUUAAGAUGCUCAUUACUAACACAAAAGUCGGGAGGAACACAAAAGCUUUGGUUGCUAGUGUUUCAGAGAGGACAUUCAGUCACCCAAUUGCAAUGGCUUCCGUGUUUAAAGCUGUUGAUUCUAUCAGCAAUGAAGUGGCUACGAUUAUUCAAUCACCUGCUCAUGAUGACAUUGCCAUAACUGAGAAAGAAGAUAAACUAGAAGAACUAAUGGAAAUGAAUCAAGGGUUGCUCCAAUGUAUGGGUGUAAGCCAUGCUUCAAUAGAAACUGUGCUUCGAACAACGUUGAAAUUCAAAUUGGCUUCCAAGUUGACAGGAGCUGGUGGUGGAGGCUGUGUUCUCACACUAUUACCAACCCUAUUAUCUGGAACAGUUGUUGAUAAAGUUAUUGCGGAGCUUGAGGGUUGUGGAUUCCAAUGUUUGAUUGCUGGAAUUGGCGUGAAAGGUGUUCAGAUUUGCUUUGACUCUUCGUCCUGAUUUUGCCAGGAGCAACCAUUGCUCAAAGUAAGGUUCGGCUUCUGCAAUGUCGAAUAAUGAUAUGAAGAUUUAAGCUUUCAUUCAACGUGUUCCGUUAAUUAUUGCUCUCUGUAGAUUAAUGCAAUUGUUGUUUUUAUCUUGCAUCUACACAUUUUUUUCUCUCGUGAAAGUCCCUGGAAUAUUAACUGUUACUUGAGAUCCUAAGCCUGUUUUAGUAAACUGUUUUCAAGAAAAGGUUCUGAAAACAAUCCACUUUUUAGGAAAUAUCAAAAAAUUGUUUUGAAUUUUCAGA